AGCAAAGCCAACAUUUUGUUCUUGAGGAAACCCUGAACAGUAUAAAGUUGUGUUCACACUGUCACAAUGAAGACAUUUUUCUUUAUUUUCAUGGUGGAGCAGGCCCUCCUCUUCGCUGUUCUCAGCCAGACGAGCAAAUUAGAACCAAUCAAUCAUUUGUUCGCUCAAACAACGGAAAAUUACACUGAAGAGCAAUUGAGUCAAAUCGAAAACCAAGUUGCUCCCAAAGGAGAUGAAAAUGCAAAAGACGUGGUGCAGCCUGCUGGAGCGGGCAAAGUGCAACCUACUCUUUCCAGUCAAAUCAUCGGCGGUGUAGCAGCAUCUCUUGGUCAAUUUCCGUGGCAGGCGAACAUCAUUAUCAACGGGGCUUACAUCUGCGGCGGCUCCUUGAUUACUCCCACAUUUGUACUAACUGCUGCCCACUGCACUUCUCCGGGGUCGACUUUCCAAGUCACACUGGGCACAAUUAAGAUGAGCCAGGACAAUCCUCCGUCGCCAGCAGUAAGGCUGACUACGUCGGUCAAAUUCACCCACGAAAGCUUCAACCCAAAUAAUUUGAACAACGAUAUUGGUCUACUGAAACUCCCUUCCAGUGUCCCCUUAUCGACUUACGUCAAUGUGAUCAAGCUGCCACCAGCGACUGACGGCGAGGUAACGUACGCCGGCUUAACGGCUACAGUUAGUGGAUUUGGGAAAACUUCUGAUUCUUCUGCCGCGAGCUCUACAAUGCAAUAUGUCAACCUGACUGUGAUUUCGAAUUUAGACUGCGCCAAAUUCUAUGGCACUGACAUUAUAAAAAGUAGCACGCUGUGCACUCAAGUGCCCAAAAAAUCAACGUGUCAGGGUGACAGUGGUGGGCCUCUGGUGAUUCCAGACGGCUCCAAUUCGUACAAGCAGAUCGGCGUUGUUUCAUUCGGCUCUGCUUCAGGCUGCUUAGUAGGUCCUUCAGGAUUCAUUCGAGUCGCUUCUUAUUUGACCUGGAUUUCAAGCAAAAUUGGUCAAGAUGGAGCGACGCCGGAAACCACGACAACCACCACAGAGGCCGCCACAACCACAACGACACCUCCGAUCCCACCCCUAAAUUGCGCUGCAGCUGAUUUCAGGAAAACAAUGUCGUCCUGCUGCCUUGCACCCGCCAAACCCACCGUGGUUUUAGCUGCACGUGAGAAAACCUGUGGAGCGGACUCUAACAUGUUGGUCGCCCUGAACAAUUACGUAUUAAACAAUAUUCAAGACUUGGAAGCAAACAACACCAUCGACUUUAAAAGUCAAAGUACCCAAAAUUUGGUUGCCAAAGACGCCUGCUUUGCCUAUUGCUUCUUAAGAGCAAAAAAUGUGGUUGAUAGCUCUGGUGCAUUAAGCCUGCCAAGUUUGACCACCUUUUUGUUGCGGAAUCAAAAUGUUGCUCAUUGGAGAACUGCGACCAGAGCGGCUGCCCAAACAUGCUACAAUGAAUUUUACGGAUCAACCAAACUCCUCGUGCAGAGUGGUACGGCGGCACCUUGUGACGCCAGAUCGUUCGUCGUCGUGCAGUGCGUGCAGGCAAAACUCAUCCAGAGCUGUCAGAAGAAAUCAUCAACAGGCCAGUGCAGCUCUCAAUUCAAAGCACUGGACACGUGCUUGUCUUCAAUUUAAUUGAGGAUCAGAGAGGGGUCGCUGUUUACGCGCCUCAAAUAAAUUGUACGCAGCCUGCUUGGCACUCAAGUGCUGCCGGUUGCUUACACCUACACGAAA